AUGGUAUGCUACGGGUGCGCAACAUUCCUCCGGGAGUUCUACCAGCAGUACCAGCGGCUGAUGAGGGCCAACGUCGACAGCGUGUUCAGGGAUUGCUACGCGCAUUUCUUCAUCCACGACGACGGGGAGGACUACCAGUACAGGUGGCAGGUCGUCUCCCCGAAGGUCCUGAACAUCCUCGACUCUGUGCAGUCCGCCUCGGAACUGCCGAGGUUCUAUUCCUGGGAGACGUUCCGCAUCCACGACUGCCUCGAGAAGGACGUGUGGUACCUGCGCCAGAUCGCAAGGCAUCUGCGCGAGCCAGCCCCCUCCGCGAAGUGA